AUGCCUUACCAUGCAGAUCUCGAGACAAUGCGAAAGAAUGCUCUGGGUGGAGUCGAGCCAUGGGCAUCGGCAUAUUCGCGAUUCUCGAAUGAUUCCUACUCUUUGUCAACCUACAAAAUGCAAGGUCCUAAUCCUGUCAUCAGUCGGAGCGCGAUCAGCAAUUACACCAGCUUUGCCAAUGAUGCUCGCGCGGCUUACCAGAUUGCCAUAAUGUGUAAGAGUUCGUGGUACAAGUAUAUUAUGAACUAUGCUCUGACAAUCUUGUGUGCAGGGUACAUCACGAGGAACCAAGGCCACUGGGACCGAUCCAACACCAUAAUUGAUGCAUGGGCCACAAGGUUUGGUCAAGCAGGAUAUGGUUUUCUACCGUACGAGUAUGUGUGA